CGGAGGAGCUGAGCUGCUGCGUCCAUAAGAGAUCGACUCUUCUCACACCCAAAACGGCGUAUGAGUGUAUGUGCAUGCUCACCUGCAUCCCAUGAUGUCGAUUUAUUUGGGACAGCUGUAUCCCGGAACGAAGCUUGCUCCAAGGACGAUCAGAUUGGUAGCCAUCAAGCCAGGAGUGUUCGGCGAUCCUAUAUCUUGCACCCUCGAGACAGUCAGUCUGGACGACCAUCCACACUACAGAGCCUUGUCGUAUACUUGGGGUGAUACCAGGCACAAAAGACAUAUUUCAUUGAACGGCAACUUAUUUGUCGUUAAUCAGGAUUUGCACGCCGCCCUGAGAAGACUUCGACAUGAACAAAAAUGGCAGACUUACUGGAUAGACAUGCUUUGCAUCAACCAAGCAGACUUCGACGAACGUUCUGAGCAGGUGGUCCUUAUGCCAAAAAUCUAUUCCAAGGCGAAGCAGGUGGUCUUUUGGCUUGCAGACACCACAAAUGACACAACAGAUAAUAAGAUGGAACUCACUCCGACGCAGGUGUAUGCUGCAAAGGCUUUUCUCGAAAGGCUAGAAAGGGAUCCGUCCUAUCAAGCUACAGAAGUAGACCUUGUCCACGAAGAAAUUUUGGACACAAUCUCAUCUAUCCUCGCAUGCUCUUGGUGGACCCGUGUAUGGACAGUUCAGGAAGCCAUCCUACCACUGAGGGCAAUCCUACUCAUGGGUCCGGUACAUAUCCAAUGGGAAACACUGGUGCGAGCCGCUCGGAACUUCAUGGCGCAAUUGGAACAGAACAGUCUUCAGCACCCCCCUGCAUACCUACACGUCAUGCUAAGGCUCUAUCAACAAGUGACUGUCAUUGAGUGGAUCAGGGAGCUACGAUACUCCAAAGAGCAUCUCAAGCUUUCAUUCCUUCUUCACGCAUUCCGAUCCCGACUAUGCACAGACUCGAGAGACAAGCUGUUCGCCUUUCUCGGUUUGGUUUCAGAGCUGUCAAUAUAUGCACGAAUAAUACCGGACUACAAGCUGAGCACAUCCGAAGUGCUUGGCACCAUCUUCGAAAAGCUUAUCCCCCUCGAAGAUAACCUAAAUCUGCUUGUCAGACAAAAGGAGGGAAAACGUCGUCUGAACCUGCCUACCUGGAUGCCAGAUCUGACCGCUGAGGUCGAUCCGCGACAAAGCGACCUCCAUAUGUAUGUCAUGUACAACCUGCCUCGCUUCUUCAAUGCAUCGCACAGAAAGCCUCAAGGGACUCUUCAAAUGCCUUCGUCUCCAUGGAAAGUUGAUGAGAGGUCCAAGUGCCUGAGCGUCCAGGGUCUGCCCUUCGAUAAGAUUCUUGAGGUCAGUCGACAUGAUCCGCAACGGCUUCCUCUGAAGGACGAGGAACAUGUCGAGUUCUUACAAACUGUCCUCAACGAUUUCAAAGACCCGAAAAAGGUGUACGCCCGUAAUCGUGGUCUACCAUACAACCUUUGGUGUCUAGUCAACUUUGAUCAAAUAGUGAUAAAGCCCCCUGAAGGCACGAUCUCGGUCCAGAUUCGAACCAGAAAAAUCAAGCCUGACGACUACUUCGGACACACUCCUCCAAUUCAGCCUCUAGGAGUCAUGGCGGAGUUCCUUCCGUUGUUCUCGUGCUUUACAACCGAAAAAGGCUAUAUUGGUCUUGGUCCUCAUGAUAUGAAGGAAGGAGAUGAUGUAUGUAUACUGCUCGGGGCAGAUGUGCCGUUCGUGCUGCGGCCGACUAGGGGGGGAGAGAAGCACGAAUAUGUCGGACAUUGCUUCGUCCAGGGUAUCAUGGAUGGCGAAGCACUGGAAGGAAUUGUUUUUUGUUCAAGUCUUUUCUUGAAGGAUUGA